ACAAAAUAAAAUUUUGCAUAGUUAUUCCCAUUUACUUAAUGUCCAAAAUAGUACAUAGAUAAUCAGAAACAGAGAUUGAUCAGUAAUACAAUGAAGGUAUCUAUGUUUAUUCAACUAUUAAAUUGAUACUUUAUAAUGACACCUAAUACAAAGGCAUUUACACUAUAUGAUCAAUUUUAAAUGGUAUGCAUAGAAUUGAUUUCUUACAAUGGAACUGGUUAGUUGCACGUCAACAAUGUCAUUUAUUAAUUAUUAUCUUAUUUUAUAUUAAUUUAAUUCAAUCAAGAACAGUACGAUUUCGUUUGGAUGAAGAAAUACAAUUAAAUACAAGAAUUGGAAGUUUAUUAAAAUAUAUACAAGAUGAUGCAUCAGAAUUAUUUACAGUAGAUCAUAUUACAGGUGAUAUAACUGUGGUACAUAGAUUAGAUAGAGAACUAUUAUGUAAUAUUGAUUAUCAAAAUGUAAAACCUGGAAAAUAUGGUAAAGUUAUUAAAGAGUGGAUACCAAAUUUAAUUCAUUCUACAAUUUGUGAAUUAUAUUUUAGUGUGAAUUGUUUAAAUACUACAUUGUUUUCAAAUAAUUCGAAUCGAAAUAGAAAUAAAAUACCUGUAAGUAAUAAAUUGGUAGUUAUUUUCGAUAUUAUCAUUGAACUCAGGGAUAUAAAUGAUAAUGGAUGUAAAUUUUUACCAUCAGAUCAACAAAUUAUUAGAAUACGUGAAGAUGCACCGGUUAAUGAGACACGUUUCACUUUGAAUACUCCAUAUGAUCCAGAUGAUGUUAUUGGAGGGAAUUCUGUUAAACAAGAUCGAAUUUGGAUAAACACUGAUUCUAGUAUAGCAACUAGUCAAAGUAUACAAAAUUACUUUAAAUUACACAGUUUUUCAUCAUCGAAAAAUGUUACUACAUCUAAUAUUUAUUUAGAGUUAGAACUUAUUCACAAGUUGGAUUAUGAAGAACAGAAAACUUAUACAUUUGAAAUUGUAGCAGAUGACGGUUAUUCGUCAGCUGAUCAUCAAUGUUAUCUUAAUGUAACAGUACUUGUGGAAGAUUGUAAUGAUCAUAUGCCAACAUUUAAACAAUCUAUGUAUAUUGUAAAUGUAAGUGAAGACACACCCAUAGGUCACUUAAUAACGCAGAUUGAAGCCGAUGAUGAAGAUUCUGAUGAAAAUGGAAAGAUAAUUUACAGUUUUGUAUCCUAUUCAGAUGAUAGUGAUGAUGGUAACUAUUUCUAUAUUCAUUCAGAAACCGGUGAAAUAAAACUACAACGACGAUUAAAUCAUCGUCUAAAAUCUAGUCAUUCUUUAAAAGUAUUUGCUAAAAAUCCGGACAACACUACAUCAAGACAAAUAAAAUCAUUUCAUAUUUCUAAAUUAUCAACUACUCAGGUUAUAGUAAAUGUUAUUGAUGUAAAUGACCACUUUCCUCGCAUUCGCAUUAUAUCACCUACUGGUUCUAAAAGCUUAGAAUUAAUUGAAGAAACACCACCUGGACAAGAUAUUGGGAUUAUAGAUGUUUUCGAUGGAGAUACUGGAAAAAAUGCCCAAGUGAACUGUAAAUUAACUAACCAAACUAUUCCGAAUGUUUUGCGCUUAAUUUCAGUUGAUAGUGAAAUAAUGAGCAAAGAAAUGUCGAAUUCUAAUCAAAAGUAUAAACUAACACUGCAGAAGCUUAUUGACAGAGAAGAAUUUCCAAUCAUUGAGUUUAAUGUAGUAUGCUGGGAUGGUGGAAUGCCCUCUUUAUCAAGUAAUCUGACAUACACAGUCAACGUAUUAGAUAUAAAUGAUCAUGACCCAGUCUGUGACCAAAAUACUUACACAAUCGACGUCAUGGAAGAUUCAAGUCCGGAAAGAAAUGAAAAAAACUUCGAAUUUCUCACCAUUCAUGCUACUGAUAAAGAUGAGGGUCGUAAUGCGAAGCUCCAUUUUAGUUUAGAUCAAGAAACUCCAACAUAUAUAAUGAAUCUAAUCACGGUCAACUCGACUACUGGGACACUUAGUACUAUGGGAAAUUUAGAUCGCGAGAAAUUGACUAAAUUCAGUGUGACAUUAAUUUGUGCAGACCAUGGUGAACCAAAACGAAUGACUAAGGUGAAGAUAAAUGUUAAUGUAUUAGAUUACAAUGACAACUCACCUACAUAUUCCCAACCAUAUUUUGAAUUUACUAUAACGGAAAAUAAUAAUGUUAGUCAGCUGGUGGGUAAUUUUCAAAUUACUGAUGACGAUGUUGAUAAAAAUGCAGAAUUAGUUGUACAGAUCGAAGAGAACACUGAACAAACACACAUUUACCUUGCAUCAUUCGGUAACAGUUUAGGAAUACAUAAUGACAUUAAACAAUUGAAAUUACAUUCAAAAGAUCUAAUCAUUUCUACAGGUUUACAAGAAACAAAACAUAUUAAUGAAUAUAUUCCACAUUUUAAAUUACAUUCACAAAAGUUUCCCAGGAAAAAUGUUUCCUCUUCUAAUAAUGAACCAACCCUAUACGAUGUAAAAUUGUACAUAGAAUCUAUUAUUGAUCGUGAAGGAUUAAUUAUGAAGUAUAAAGAUAUAGUAUCUAAUCCAUUUCCAAAUUAUGGAGUACUUGAACAUAUCAAUCACUUUUAUUAUGAUAAUAGAAUAACUGAACUGUCUAGUAAAACAAACUAUACCAUAAUAACACCAAUUAUUUUAUUAUUAAUAAGUGCACAUGAUAAAGGCAUUCCAAAAUUAUCUGAGCAUGUAUCAAUACGUAUUCAUGUAUUAGAUGAAAAUGAUAAUUCACCAAGUUUUAUUUAUCCUGAUCCAACAGAUGUAAAUAAAACUAAAACUAUUGUAUCAUAUAAAGAACCAUUAGGAUAUGCAUUCACUCAAAUUUUAGCUAUAGAUAUUGAUGCCGGAGAAAAUGGUACAAUUCUUUAUUUUAUUCAUUCUGGUAAUGAUUAUCACUAUUUCAAAUUAAAUCCAAAAAAUGGUAUAUUAAGUAUUAAUAAAAAGAUUCCAUAUACUGGAAUAGGUGAAUAUCUACUAACAUUAGAAGCAAGAGAUUGUGGUCAACCCUAUCGUUUUACAUUAACUGAAUUCAUCAUAGAAAUUGAUCAAUCACCAUCUAAAGCAUAUCUUACAACUAAUAUAUAUCAAUUACAUAACUCGAAUGAAAUAAUGAAUUAUGGGGCUAGUGGUAAUACAUUAAAUUUAUAUAUUAUUAUAGCAAUCAUUACAGGAGCUUGUAUUAUAUCAAUUAUAUUAUUAUUUUUAGUUUUUUUAUUUUUACAACGUACUAAACGUAAUCAUAAUAAUAGAUGUAAUUCAAUAGAAAAUACACUAAGAAAAUAUGAUGUAAUCAAUAUGAAAGAAUUACAAUCAAAUUUUACAACACAAUCACAACAUUAUAAUGGGAAUAAAUAUUCAGAUUAUGAAGUUCAUCCAUUUCCUAAUUGCUCUCAACAAUUACCCAGUUACGACGAUGGAAAUACUAAUUUGGAAUUAAUUAAUCAUCCAAACGGAAGUUUGUUUCUGUUACCUGUUGAGACAGAUUAUAAUUACGGUCAAAAUUUAUUCAAUAAAAUUCCCGGUAAUUAUUGGUCCACUAACACCAACAUAAUGAAUGAUAAUAAUGAUAUUGUCAAUAUGCAAACCAAUGAGAACAGAAUAAAUCAAACCGUUUCAUCAUACAACACGAACAGUUUAUAUAAUGAAUAUACAAAUUAUCAUAAUGGGGAUAAAAUGAAUAUAACAGGUUGUCAAGAUAUCUGUCAAACAAUCUUGAAUGGUCAAUCUUCAAUACCUUUUAGUAUAUCUGAGGCCUGUAGUGAGCUGACUAAUCUAUCGAAACAUUACAACAAAUUUUGAAGUGAAGAUAUGGAAAAGUAUUUCACGUUUAAGUUUGUCUAAAUAAAUCAUCAUCUGGUUUAUCAAUGAUUAUAUUUUCUAAAGACCAAACUGGGCUUUUUAUCAGCUUAUCUGACUUUUGUGUCAGACAAGUGUUCAUUAAAAGUCGUUUUCAGUGGAGAAGCGCUAGAAGUGGAUAGAAUACACAUUGGAGAAAUCACCCAAUUGCGUCACAAGUCAAGCCCUCACAUGAAAUCCUGAAUGCCAAAGGAGAAGAGCAAGACCAAAGAACAUAUUACGCUGAGAAAUGGAGACAGAAAUGAGAACAAUGAACAAAAACUGGAUAGAAUUAGAAAGGAAGGCCUAGGACAGAGUGGGUUGGAGAGUGGUAUUCGGCGGCCAAUACUCCAUUGGGAGAACUGAAUAUUCUAUGAACUCCACUGAGUGUUCCAUUUGGAAAAGCUUUGAAAAAACUAUUAAGUAAAAGGGAGCUUCCAUCUUAACCUUCAUGUUUGAGUGGAAAUAGUGUAAGUUUUAUUCAUGAAAAUAAUUGUAGAUUCCCUUUCCAUUAUUCUUGUAUAAUUUCAUUUAUAAAGAGCAUAUGAUGAAUACCAAUUCUGUCUGUUAGAUAGAAAUACGUCAUAGAAGUUCUCAUUUCAGUUUUUUUCUUUCAGAAUUCUGUUGUCUAAGUAGUAGAGAAGGAAGUAAAUUCUUAUUUAUACAAUACAAUCUAAAUUGACAUUUUUAAGUGAUUUUACUUGGUAUACAACAUCUUACUUUUUUUAGUUAUUUGGUGUGGUUGAGAUUUUAUCUGACAUAUCAGGCGGAACUUGAAGAAGGUCUAAACUAAAAUAAUGACCAAUAAAUAUCUAGAUGAAUAUUUAGGUGAAAUGUUUCAAAAAAAAACGAAGUCCCAUGACGCCGACGUUCAGUGAAUAUCAUGAACGGAAAUUUAUAUGGUAUCCAAAAAGAAUACAAUUCAAUUUGUAGAAAACAGUAAGUUAUUCUGUUAAAGCUCCUUUUUAAAUAAAUAAUAAAUGAGAGGUUUACAAAGAAUAGAUAAAUAAUAAAUAUUAGAAAUCAGGUGUUACUCACCGUAUUCAUUGAUUUGAUGUAUACAUAUCUACGAACUGAUAUUAUUCGGCCAAGAAUCAUCGUCGGAUCAAGUUAGCCUGAAGUGAAACUCUUUUCCACUAUAAAGAUUUCAACCACGAAUUCUCAUAUCAUCUUGCUACUAUACCUAGCCUUUUUUCAAUCACCUCUAUUUGUCCUUAGAUUAAUAUCUGGAAGUACUUGUACUAAUUCGGUGGCUGAAUAGUUUGAAGAUAAACGUCAAUGUAGUUGAAUAUUAUGGGAUCAAUUAAGUUUUAUGUCUAUUGAUCCGGCUCAAUACAUGUUCAGUAGUAUUAGCCAAAUGAUAAUCAUUCUUCGUUCGUUCCUGCCUUUCAUCGAAUAUUUAUUUUAUUUAUACAGUGAAUCCCUCUGUUGUAUACUGGUAGGUCUUGGGUUCGAAUCUCACGAGUGCGGGAUCGUUUAUGCGCACUAUUGAGGAGUCCCAUAAUAGGACGAA